AUGGAGCCAAAGCACAAAGAGCUGCUGGCCCAGUGUCAUCAGAGCCUGUCCCAGGCCAUGACCGAGGUGGACAAGGUGAUCGACUUGCUGGAAGCGGCGGGGACCUUGAGCCCCCGCGACUUGCAGGAGCUGCGGGAAGCCGGCAGAGUCCAGGCAGGAGAAGAAGGGGGCGAUGGGGAUGGGGGUGGUGGAGGAGGAGGAAGAGUUGGAGGAGGAAGAGAGCGAGCCCCUGCUAGCGUUUGCAAGGCCGAUCUGCUCAUCAAGCUGCUGCUGGCCAAAGAUCAGGAUCAUUUCCAGGACUUGCGUGUGGCCUUGGAGAAGACACAGCCUCACCUGCUCUCCAUCCUGUACCUGAACAACGGCGUGGCAGGAGGGCAGCCUGGCGAGACAGCUGGGUCAACUUACAGCGUACUGUCCAUAAUGCCAUCAGACUCUGAAAGCAGCAGUUCUCUUAGCAGUACCGGUACAACAGGUAAAGCAUCGUCGCCACCACCAGCAGUUGUGGAUGUGAGGCAGAUGAAUGAGAAACUGGAGACCAUUUUGUUUCAGCUCCGCCAGGUUACCCGUGAGCGAGAUGAAUUGCGGAAACGACUUGCACUGUCCUCUCCUGGGUCAACCUUUGAUGACUGCAGGCCUAGUCCCAAACCAAACCAUGAUUAUGAAAGAUUGAAGAUACAGUGUAUGAAGGCAAUGUCAGACCUACAGUCUCUGCAGAACCAGCACACCAAGACGCUAAAAAGAUGUGAAGAAGCUGCUAAAGAGGCUGAUUUUUAUCACACAUUGCACAGUCGUCUGCUGAGUGACCAGUCACAGCUGAAGGAGGACAUGGACACCUUGAAGCGGAAGAACAGCCAGUUGGUACGAGAGCACAAUCACCUCCAGCAGUCGUGCGAGGAAAUGAAGAGACUUCACGAUGAGGAUCAGAAAGAGAUAACGGACUUGCGCACUCAGCAGCAGCAGGUUAUAAAGCAGAAUGGGUCAUCAGAGAUACUCAAUAAACUCUAUGAUACAGCAAUGGACAAGCUAGAGGGUUUGAAGAAGGAUUAUGAUGCACUAAGGAAGCGGUACAAUGAUAAAAUAGCGAUCCACAAUACUGAUCUGAGCCGGUUGGAACAGACGGAAGAAGAGAACAGGCGCCUCCAGAAGCAGACUGACAUGUUGAUGAAACAACGGGACACAGCAAUACAUUUCCAGCAGCAAUACUCUUCCUCUCUGAGAAGAUUUGAGACGGUGCAGCAGGAACUGAGCAAAGCCACGGCCCAAAACAAGGAGCUGCAGAGAGAGAUGGAGCGGCUGCAGUCAGAAGUGACAAGGUUUAAAACGAUGCAGCUGAAGGCGGUGAAGGAUGCAGAGAAGUACAAGGAAGAGAGGGACUCUGUCUUCAGUGAGUACCGCCUCAUCAUGAGCGAGCGGGAUCAAGUUAUCAAAGAAGUGGAUAAGCUCCAAACCGAGCUGGAGCUUGCGGAAUCCAAACUGAAAAACACGUCCUCGGAAAAGAGAGUGGCCAGUGAGGAGAUGGAAGCUUUAAGACAGGAACUGAAUUCUGCUCUAGUGGAACGAGAUCGAGCGAUCUGUGAAAGGAAUGAGCUCUUGGAAAAGUACUGCCAUGAAGUGAAAGACAAAGCUGAGGCCCAGAAGGAGCUGGAUCAAGCUUGCAAGGAUAUUGAGACAGUGAAGGAAGAGAGAGAUGUGGCCAGGAAGGAAAGGACGGAAGCCAUCAUCCAAAGAGACCAUCUACUAAGAGAAUACUAUCAAGCUCGCCAGAUACAAGAUUCUGCUACACUGGAUAUAGAAAGAGCUAACAAAGAAAUUGAAAUGCUCCGAAAGCAAUACGAGGCAAUGUCACAAGAGUUAAAAGAAGCUGUCCAGGAAGCAGAAGUAGCAAAAUGCAGAAGAGAUUGGGCCUUCCAGGAGCGUGACAAGAUCGUUGCGGAACGAGAGAGCAUACGGACUUUGUGUGAUAACCUGAGGAGGGAAAGAGACCGAGCAGUGAGUGACCUGGCCGAAGCUCUUCGCAAUCUGGAUGACAUGAGGAAGCAGAAGAACGAUGCUGUGCGUGAAUUGAAAGAUCUGAAAGAGAAGAUGGAGAAUCAGUUGGAAAAGGAAGCAAGGUUUCGGCAGUUAAUGGCCCACAGCUCUCAUGAUUCAGCCAUUGAUACAGAUUCUCUAGAGUGGGAAACGGAAGUGGUGGAGUUUGAGAAAGACAGGGAAGAUAUGGAUUUGAAAGCCCUUGGUUUUGAUGUGGCUGAAGGCGUGAAUGAGCCAUAUCUUCCUGGAGACUGUGGAAUAUUUGUUACCAAAGUGGACAAAGGAAGUAUCGCAGAUGGUCGAUUAAGAGUGAAUGAUUGGUUGCUGAAGAUAAAUGACGUAGACCUUACCAACAAGGACAAGAAGCAAGUAAUAAAGGCAGUACUUAAUGGCGGCGGAGUUAUUAAUAUGGUCGUUCGCAGAAGGAAGUCCUUAGGAGGGAAGGUGAUAACACCUCUGCAUAUCAAUCUUUCUGGCCAUAAAGAUAGUGGAAUUGGUAUAGAAAAUGGAGUAUUUGUUGCUACUAUAGUGCCUGGUAGUCCAGCUGCCAAAGAUGGGUCUCUUGCGGUAGGAGAUAGGAUAAUUGCGAUAAACGGCAUUGCACUAGAUAAUAAAUCACUGACUGAAUGUGAAGCUUUGCUGCGAAACUGCAGGGAGUCUCUUACGCUUUCAUUGAUGAAGUUUUUUCCUCCGAGCUCAAGCUCAUCUUGGAGUGGUCAAAACAUAUUUGAAAAUCUCAAGGAUUCGGAGAAAAUAUCAAACUGUAGGGUUCAUGCCUCAGAGGUACAGGUUCAGAAUAAAAGAAACUUAAAACACAACAGCUCAACCCAAACAGACAUUUUCAAUCCAGACAUAAUGGAUAUCAAGAAGGACCAGAGCGAUCAAGGGAGUAGUUUGUACUGUGACCUCAAACCGUUCCCCAACAGCAUUUUACACGCAGACUCUCACCGGAGCGCAGUCCACGGCUGCCACAGUAACUCAGAACACAGCCUUGGCUCCUUCAGUCCAGAUGUGUACGGGGAGCCAAGCUAUGGCAUAGUGAACGUGGACAACAGGAGGCUGCCAUUUGAGCCCACCGUUGCAGACUGCAUGAUAAUAGAGAGCACUUUGGACAAAGGGCCCAGCGGGAAACACAGCGGCGGCACUUGGCCUAAAGUAGUGGUCAACAUUGCUACUGCAGAAACCGAAAAGUUCUCUGUGUACAAAAAGCCAAAACAAAGGAAGUCCAUCUUUGAUCCUGACACUUUCAAAAGACCUCUGACUCCUCCCAAAAUGGACUAUCUGUCUCCCAGUCAGGCAUUGGGCCAUUCACCCCAGCCCUCCCAAACGGAAGUCCUUUCCACCCCUCCCACCCCUCCCAAGAGAAGCGAUUCUAUUAAGUUCAAACACAAACAGCAGGCAAGCUCUACGUCAGAAUCAACUGUCACAACUGGUUCACCGCCUACCAGUCCAGCUGCAGUCCAGCCUCCUGUGUCCAUCGAACUCAAACCAGACAGUGGUAUCCACAAAGGGCGAGGUAGACCCUCUGGACAUUAUUACAGGGAAGAAGGGGUUGACUCUGCCCAUUUGCCUUCAAGGAAAUCCUGUGAAGAUGACAUUGGCUUUCAAAGAGUGGAAGAGCCUGAAAUUAAAAGACCAAGGCCUAAAUCUGCUCCUGCCUUGAGACAUAAACUAACCCCUGUGCCCAUUCCUAAUCCAUCUCAUCAGGUACAAAAGUACACUCCAGCAAGUGAAGAGCUGCUUUCUCCUGAGCUACAGGAGUGGCCAACGUAUUCACCAAAACGGGCCAGUAGGCUUAGCGAUGGGUUUGUGCCUACCUCUUUAUACCCUGGAAGCUUAUCAGCAGGUACAGUACCAAGAAACAUUGCACCAUGUCCUGCAGUAACUGCUAUUAUGAGAAACCCGAUUUAUACUGCUUGGAGCCAUAGAAUUAGCACCACCAAUUGCCCCUCCGUUGCCAGCCAAUAUUGCCAUCAGCAUCUGCAUCCCGGUCCUCAGCACCAAGGCCGCCUAAGUUUGGACCUGAGUCACAAGCACUCCAGUGAGUGUUCGGAAAACCCACGCGGCAGGUCAUCCCAUGGUUCAAAUUCACUGCCUUCUAGCGCAAGACUUGUAGGUUCUUCCAGCAACUUGCAAUAUAGAACAGAACGAAUAAAAAUACCUUUGACACCAAGAUACCCGAGGUCCAUCAUCGGCUCCGACAGGGGUUCAUUGUCACAUUCCGAAUGUAGCAGUCCAAGCCUGAUCACUCCUCCGCAGUCACCGCUCAACCUGGAGACCUCUUCCUUCGCCAGUAGCCAGUCACAAAAUUCACUUUCCACGCUGCCUAGAAUCUCAGUGAGUCCAGUAUCAAUAGGACAACGUCGAAAAGACAAGCCAUAUAUGGAAGAACCACGUCAUGUCAAAGUGCAGAAAGGCUCCGAGCCACUUGGAAUCUCCAUUGUGUGUGGUGAAAAUGGUGGGAUAUUUGUAUCAAAAGUGACUGGUGGUAGCAUUGCCCACCAGGCUGGCCUUGAGUAUGGUGAUCAGUUAUUGGAGUUUAAUGGAAUAAACCUGCGGAAUGCUACCGAACAGCAAGCUCGGCUGAUCAUUGGUCAGCAGUGUGACACCAUCACUAUUCUUGCACAGUACAACCCACACAUGUUCCAGCUUGGCAACCACUCACGAUCAAGCUCCCGGCUAGAACCCGUGAGCAGCCAUUCCACUCCACAAGGCAGUGGAGCCGCAACUCCCGACAGCCAUUCCAUAAUCGAUACUCUGAGCGAACAGGAUGAAGGGACCAUGACGCCCCCAUCCAAGCAGACCACUCCCACCACCAGUCCCCGCAACUCAAUGAGGAAUUCUGUGGACACAAGUAAGAGGACGCCUGAACCUAGAAUUGUUAUCAUUAAGAAGUCCCAAGUUGAACUUGGAAUCCAAAUCUGUGGUGGAAACCUGUAUGGAAUAUUUGUGUCUGAUGUAGAAGAUGAGAGCCCUGCCAAAGGACCUGAUGGACUGGUGCUUGGAGACAUGAUACUUGAGUAUGGAUCUGUUGACCUGCGGAAUAAAACAGCUGAAGAAGCUUACCUUGAAAUGCUCAAGCCAGGUGAAAAUGUGAGAAUAAAAGCUCAGUACAGAAUAGAAGAAUUCACCAAGAUCAAAGAGUUACCUGGAGAUGGGUUCUUUGUCAGGGCGCUUUAUGACCGGCUGGCAGAAGUAGAACAAGACUUGAGCUUUAAGAAAGAUGACAUUUUGUAUGUUGACGACACUCUGCCACAGGGGAACUUUGGUUGCUGGAUGGCAUGGCAGCUAGAUGAGAAUGCCCAAAAGCUGGAAAGAGGACAGAUUCCCAGCAAAUACAUGAUGGAACAAGAAUUUUAUAGGAGGCACAGCAUGUCUGAAGCGAAAGAUGAGAACAGCUCCACAAAGACACCAUCGGCAGCAGCUCGAAGAUCAUUCUUUAGGAGGAAACAUAAACACAAACGCAGCGGGUCCAAAGAUGGAAAAGAUCUGCUGGCACUUGAUACCAUCAGCACAGACUCCAUUCCUUUCCUGGAUGACACUGUAAGCCUUGCUUAUCAACGAGUCCAAAAAGUAGACUGCACGUCUCCUAGGCCUGUGCUUAUUCUAGGGCCCCUGCUUGAUGCUGUGAAGGACAUGUUAGUCAAGGAAUCUCCAGGGAAAUUUUCCAGGUGUCCUCUUGAGGUGAUGAAAGCUUCUCAACAAGCCAUCGAGCGGGGUGUGAAAGACUGUCUAUUCAUAGAUUAUAAACGUAGGAGUGGACAUUUUGACGUGACAACUGUUGCCUCAAUAAAGGAGAUAACAGAGAAGGACUGCCACUGUCUCUUGGACAUCGCUCCUCACGCCAUUGAGCGGCUCCACAGUAUUCACAUCUACCCAAUUGUCAUCUUUGUUCGUUACAAAAAUGCCAAGCAAAUCAAAGAGCAGAAAGACCCCAUCUUCCUGAGGGACAAAGUUACGCAGAAACAUUCCAAAGAACAAUUUGAGACUGCUCAAAAAAUAGAACAGGAAUAUAGCAAGUUCUUCACAGGAAUUGUCCAAGGAGGCCCUCUUUCGAUCAUUUGCACUCAGAUCAUGACGACAGUUGAUCAAGAACAAAACAAAGUCCUGUGGAUUCCAGCUGGCCCGCUAUAGACACAUGCUGUGAAAUGACUGAAGUUCUGCAAGGGAUUGUACAUCAACAAUUGAUGGGGGGACUGUGGUCCAUUUAUAGCUGCUUGAUUGGUGGGUACACAAACUAGAGGUCAUCGUGAGCAACGUUCUCUGCGAAGUGUGCUUGGAAGGCCAUGUUCCUUUCACCGGCAGAAGUCUUAUACAUAUGUUUCUGUACAAAUGGACAGAUGCAGAAUUUCCUUUUUCAUAAGAAGACUUUGUGAUGCUGCAAAAGAGAGAGAGAAAGAAACCCUUUAGGAUACGUUUACAAAACCUCUUCACCCCCAACCCAAGUAUUUGGUGGUUCGUGUUUACUUGAAUCUUUUUUUUUUAAUUAACUACAAACGACCUGUUCAGGUUUCCCUGUUCCCCCUGCUUCUUUCUCCUCUGCUUCUAAUACAAAAAAGAAAAAGAAAAAAAGCCACCCACAACAGAGUGGAGUUUCUACAUGCUGAGUGAGAAUGACUUUUACAUGGAAGUGUGUGGUUCUGUCCUUCAAUAGCAGCCAUUUUACUUCUGAAUAAGUGCAUGAAUUGUGAAUGGGUUUUUCUCAUAGGUACUUGUUUCUAGAGUGAAUUCAGGGGGAAGAAGCACUCCUCCAAUACAUGGGGUCAGGCCACUGUUCGUAUUUCAUAAACUCUUUGUCUGUUAAAAGUUAUUGGCUUCCUUUAUGCAUGAAUUUAAUAUUUAAAUGUCAGGAUUAUCCAAUCAAAUUGUGCUCAUUGUGUAUUCAAAAAUAAUAAGUUUGGGUUGCUGGGCCUGUGUUAAGCAGUAAAUCAGAAGGUUUAAUAGCUGGGCCUAGACUGCUUUAUUUUAUCACGUGUAGGUAGUCUAUGUAAUUGGAAGCUUACAUUGCUCAAGCUUUGUUCUUUGGAGUGUAAUAGCCAUAAGGAUUUUUAUUUAAUUAGAAGCACAGUCUCUUAGGGAUUUGACAACUCUAGUGUGGUCCUGUAACUGUUAGUUUUGCCACUGUCAACAAAUACAGUGUGUUUGCUUUGUUUUUGUUACAAUUUGUAUUUCCUGACUGUACCAAAUUCCAUUGUAUGUUUCUUUUUUGCACUUCUGACUUCAUUUUCCAACUGUUAUGUUUUUGUUUUUGUUUUGUAAAAAAAAUAUUGCAUGUCAUGUUUUGUAGGUACUGUAUCUUUGAGUAGGGCUGCAUUUGUGAUGACUGUUCCUAACAUUUCAUUAUGUAGAUUGAUUUUUUUUCUUUUGUUUUUGCCCUUCAGUUUUUAGUGUUUCCUUUUUAUUUACAUUAAUUUAAAAAAGGGAUUCUUCUUGCACAGUUGUUCAAAGACAAAAUUUGGUUGGAAAUUUUAACCUCUGUUUUGCAGAUACUAUUUUAUAGCUCAAAAUACGGGAGAGAGAGGAAAACAUGUAGAAAGACUAUUGAUAAAUUCUUAGUUGAAAUACUGUUUAUAAGUUAAGGGACAACAGUUAUAUAUUUUUUUUAAAGGGGGAGACCAGAGUUGGACUUCAGCGGUACGAUGGAAACAAGCCGGUACUGUUGCAAACAUUAAUUUUCUGUACUAAAAAAAGUCACUUUGUAUCAAAACAAAAAGUUAAAGAAACUGAGUAUUGUGUUAAAUAAAGGUCAAUUUCUAUAACUU